AGGAGCGGGACUGCCUGGGCGCCAGGUGUGGGACGCAGAGGCCUUUGUGACAGGGCAGCGGCCGGCAGUGAAGAGGUUAUCUCCCCAGCUCAGGCGGGGGGAUAAAUUGAGGGCGCAGGGCAUCUCCACCCUCAGGACCUGCCCGUCACCAUGGCCACAGGACGAGUCCUGCUAGGCUCUCUGCUGCUCCUGAUCCUGCACUUGGACCUCCGCGGGGGCCCUGGGGCCUGGGGGGCUUCGGUGGCGGAGGAGGAGCUCUUGUCUGAGCCAGUGGUGGACAGAGGGACCCGGAGGCCACAGCUGGGCGCCCGCCCGCGCCGAGCCCUGGCCGGCCCGUGCCAGCUGUGGAGCCUACCCUUGCCCGUGGCCGAGCUGGGCUUGGGCUACACGUCGGAGGAGACGGUCAUCUUCCGCUACUGUGCCGGCAGCUGUCCCCGCGGCGCCCGCACCCAGCACGGCCUGACGCUGGCCCGGCUGCGGGGCCAGGGCCGAGCCCACGGUGGGCCCUGCUGCCGCCCCACCCGCUACGCCGAUGUGGCCUUCCUCGACGACCGCCACCGCUGGCAGCGGCUGCCCCAGCUCUCGGCGGCAGCCUGUGGCUGCGGCGGCUAAUGCCCGGCCUGGGGCCCUGCAGCCGCUGGAGGAGCUCAGCUGACUUAUUUAUUGGAGGCUUGGAUGCUGAGGCGAAGAGAAGGGGAGGUGGUUUGGGCCGCCAGCAAG